ACAGGAUUCAUUGACACAAAUCAACUGAUUUGGACUCUAAUUACCGAAAACGCUGCUGUUUAAACGUAGCAUACUCAUAGUUCAUCAGGUGAUUAUCAACAACUUGCAAGUUAACUUUAGGGAUAUACUCGGUAAGUGAGUCUACUUUUAAAAGUUGUAAUGCUGCUGAUUUUUUUUAUUCUAAGGAAAUAAAUUGUGCUGCACCAGAAAAAAGGAGGCUAUUCUUUUGAAUAUCAGUCAGCAACUUUACUUUCUUGUGUUCAGCUUUUGAGGGGUCUCUCCCUCGCUUGACUUUAUUCACCAUGCAACAACGGUUUCCCCAUAGGAUGUACACGGAGGGGAAGGUAUUUUGGUGAAUUAAUUUGAGAACGUUUGAACGGGAAUAUUGCGUCAAUCUGCGUUGACCGGGGCCACUUGUCUACCUGUCACCGAAUUCUUACAACCCACCACUCCCACCGGUCACCUCUGGUGCUGUCUACGGUGGGUCGCCUGCCUUGCGCCACGCCCGCUAACCGUGAUGGGGUGCGGUUGGAGUCCGGGAGUUGUCACGGUUUGGAGAACUACCGUUUUCCUGCUCAACAUCGCGUGCACAGCGUUGGCCAAGAGACACGUCGUCUACUGGAACGCCACCAACUCUAGGUUGACGGGAGGUGAUCUGUCCAUCCAGGUGAAUCUGAAUGACUACCUGGAUAUCUACUGCCCCCACUACCCUCACCCGUCUCCCCCCAGUGAGGAGGCCUCCCCUCAGGCCCCACCAGACAGCCUGGCCCUGUACCUGGUGGCUGAGGGGGGGUUCAGGGGCUGUGUGGAGACCCAGGGGGCCAUCAAGAGGUGGGAGUGUAACACCCCCCAUGCCCCCUUCGGCCCUGUCCGCUUCUCAGAGAAGAUCCAGCGCUUCACCCCCUUCUCUCUGGGCUUUGAGUUCCUCCCCGGACACCACUACUACUACAGCUCAUUGCCUACAGGGGAAAGCUCCCCCCUGCCCUGCAUGAAGCUGCGAGUCACAGUGUGCUGUGAGCCCACAACCGAAGGAUCCAAGCAGAACAAGCAGGAACAAGGUACUCCAGCUCUUCACAGUGAUGUGUGUUCAAUGAGGACAGUUCCUCUUUCUCUCCUCCUCCUCACCCCGCUCUUUAACUUUCUCUCUAUCUAACAUCCCUCUAUUCAAGCUGACCUCCUGAGUAUCUACCAUGCCCACUGUAGAGAUGGCCUGCCUCACCCACUCAGCCCUUUCUUUAAACUAGCCACACCUCAUUGGGAGGCCAAGUCUUAAAUUCAGACCCUACGUUGACUGCAGUAGGGUAGACUUCAACACCACAUACACACACACUCCAACACCUCUGUCAUUUCUGGAGUGUACUAAUCUUUCUCUUCUUGGUCUCCUCUUUUCUCUCUGUCCACUCUCUCCUCUCGUUCCCCCUCUUCCAUCCCUCGCUCCUGACUAAAGCUCCCUCUGAAAUAGACUGGCACUAAUCUACCAUCAAAGCUCUCAUUCUUCAUUUCACACCUUUAUCCUCUCCAUCACUCCAUCCUGUAGACUUAAUCUAUGUCCAGUCUCUCUCUUCCUCUCUCUGUCUCUCUCUGAACAUAAUGAGCCUGCUGAGCCAAAGUGGACCAUCCGGACAUUGUUCUGUUAAAUUACUACUGAGAGGACCAGACUUGGAGGUGACUGGCUGUCAGAGUUGACUGCUUCUGAACAGAACCAUGUUUUUGAGUUGACAUCAUUGGAUUUGGAAGUCCAAAGUGGGACCAACUUUUAAAAAAACACAGGAACACCAAAAGUUGUCCAAACUUUAUUUAAAAAGUUAAACAGUGACGACACUGCCUAAACCAGGAUAUGCUGUGUGCGUGGAACCCUGGGAAUGAUGAACUGGAUAUUGUGACUGGUCUGCUACACCCUCUACUGGGAUCAUACUGGUUAGACUGGUCCAACUGGUCUGUAACACCUGACACUCUGGGAUUGGAGAAUAGACCCUGCUACUCUGUGGUCGUAAUCUGACCAUAUCUGGGAUUAACUGGACUGUUUCUGGUGGUUUACCUCUGUCUUAAAAGGCAAUCAAAAGGAAACACACUGAGGGUACCGCCUCACUUCACCUCACUUCACCUCACAUGCUCCAAACCACAUCGGCUGAUUGGCAGAUGCUCCUAACCAACCAGGUGUGCAGGUAUUUAGACUGUCUGCUGAGGAUUUAACCAGGCGAGGCCCUCCUCCAAUGAGGAGAGGCCUAAAGCUGGUGUUUAUGUUUGAAUAGAGGAAUAGAGGUUCUUGUUUUAGCGCAGUAAAGACUCUGCUUUAGGUGUUUCAGUUAAAUAUUGAUGUUUUGUAGAGGUCCAGACAUGUGUUGGCAUCCAUUUGGAUUAUUUGAAACAUUCUGAAAAAUCUCUUAAUUUUUACAUGGCUGAACUUUUUUUAUACAAAUGUUUACACGUGUAGAUUAAACCAGAUUGCUGUUGCUUAAAGCGCUAUCAAGAAUAACUAAAGCUCUUUAGUACAGGUUACCCUGUAUUUUUUGUUAUAAAACAUCAAUUUUGUAUAAUCUGUUCAUUAAACAAAUGGCAUAAACAAAUUCAACUUUUAUUAUCAAUGCAAUUUAAAUUCAUUAACUUGAUUUUGAUUGUGUCAUAUCUUUUAUCUGUUGGUUAGAUAUAUGACAUUUAUGAAUUUAUUAGUUUAAUGCAAUUUCAUUUUCCAAUCACAAAAGUAAUAUCAGGGAACAAUAUACAUGUUUUGUUUUCAAAAGUGAGAGAUAUAACUGAAAUUAUUCUUAUUAAUUUAAUCCCACAAAAACAAGUGUAUAUUUAAUUAAAUUAAUAAUUCUGAUUAUUUGCUUACCUUAAUCCAACAUUAAUCAUUGACAGUUUACCUCCGUUAAUCUUUCUUAAAUACAGGCUUUUCUGGGCUGCAGUUUUUUCCACAUUCUAAUGUUGUCUUUGGUCACAGCAUUUAGAAAACAGCGUUUUCUUUCAGAAUAAAUAUGUUGACUAUUAGUUAUGCGUGUAAGCACUUACUCAUGAAGAGGAGUCUAGUAUUACUUUGCAUACACUUUUGGAUACCAAUAUGCUUUAAAUGACAGUUAAAUCAUUUUGUUCUAGUCUACGCAGGUUAUUCAGGAAUGUAAUGAUUAUUCCAAUGGUGUGAACACUGAUGUCUGGAACCUUGUUGUAUAAAGCUGGUGCUCCCAGAUUGAGUUUAUUACAAUCAGUUCAUAGGAAAACAUAUUUGGUUUUUUGUUUUCACAUUUUAGUGAAGUAUGUAGCAUCUUCUAUGAAGAACGAACUGCAAUCUGAGCCCUUUUUUACAAGGCCAGACAACAAAAUAAAGAUGA